AUGGAAUCCGAAUGUAGCGAUGGGAGUGCUGCACGAUGCGCAGUUGACGGACUGCUAGACGCACAUUGGAGUAUUCCACGAUACCGAAAGACAGGAUGGCCCACAUGCCGGACAAACCCGGUGGGCUGGUUAUGGAGAGCGAAACCAUGUCGAUGUUGCAGUUGUUCAAUAAAAUUAAAUACAAAUCGGUGA